AUGGUGAUUGGUAUAAUGGCAAUUGAGAUGGCUGGUGGUGUUUAUUGUCCAUUAUCGCCUCGGGAUCCACAACAUCGUUUGCAUACACUCACACAACAGACACAAAGUCGCCUUGUUCUUGUUCAUUAUCUAACUACGAUGAAAUUCGAUCAUGGCCUUGUUUCACUUAAUAUUGAUUCGAUAUUAAAUAUUAACGAUAUAGAGAAGAAAAGUCUUUCAAGUUUGAUAGUGAACGGUGAAGAGAUAUCUUACAUUAUUUUCACUAGUGGUUCAACUGGAACACCCAAAGCGGUUCAAGUUCGACAUAAGAACUUUAUUGAUUGUGUGCAUUCUUUGAUUUAUAUAAACUCAUUUAAUAAAGAUGAUACAAUUGUACAAAUGACACGAUGUUCAUUUGACAUUCAUGUUCAAGAAAUACUUGGUACGUUGUUAGUUGGAGGCACGUUAAUUAUGCUUCAUCCAGGUGGAACAAUUGAUUUUGAUUAUUUAUCCGAUUGUAGUUUUAUUGUUGUAGGUGAACCUUUUUCUGUUUCUUUAAUUGAUUUGAUUGUGAAAAUCGAUUUAACAAACUGUAUUGUAUGGAAUUUGUACGGGCCAGCUGAAGCAACCAUAGAUUGUACAGUUCGUCACGUGGACGUCAGAAUUGAUAUACAGAACAUUCGAAUUGGUACACCACUUUCUAAUUACCGUUCUAUAAUUAUGAAUCAAUAUUUACAACCAUCUACCACCACUGAAGAAGGUGAACUGUUUGUGGGUGGAGUAGGUGUCUUUGCUGGUUAUCUUGGACGUGAUGAUUUAACUGCAAAAGCUCUUCUUGAAAUUGAUGGUCAACUAUUUUAUCGAACAGGUGAUCUUGUCACAAUCGAUAACAAUGGUCUUCUUCAUUAUCAAGGAAGAAAAGAUCAUCAAAUCAAACUACAUGGACAACGAAUUGAACUUGGUGAAAUCGAACGAUGUUUACUUAGCAUUACAUCCAUCUCUGCUUGUGUUGUCAUGAAAUGGAAUGAUGAUUAUCUGGUUGCAUAUGUUCAAUCUUCUUCUCAUAUGAAUGAAGAAGAACUACGUCAACAUUGCCGAUCUCAUCUUCCACCACAUAUGAUUCCAUCCAUAUUCGUUAUACUUGAUAAAUUACCUUUGAAUCAAAAUGGAAAAGUAGAUCGAAAGCAACUUCCUUCACCCGAAUUCUCUUUAUCGACUUUGUUAUCGUCCGAUGAAUCUGAUGCUCUUCUGAAUCAGUUCGAAGAACGUAUACACACUAUUUGGUGUCAAGUUCUUCAUUGUAAUGAGAAUCACAUUUCUAGAACUACCAGCUUUUUUAGUGUUGGUGGUCACUCACUGUUAUUUAUUGAACUUUAUCAUCAUUAUCAGUCAGUAUUUAACUUUGAUGCUCAUUCACUUUCGAUCGCCCCAUUUCUUCAACAACCAACUAUAUUUCAACAUUCACAAUUACUUCAAACAGUUAUAGUGAAUGAGAUCAAGGCAACACAAUGGCAAACGUUAUAUAUAAAUCAAAGUAUGGCCUCUUUUUCUCAAGAGCGGAUCUUUCUCGAUGAACAAAUUCGUUUUUCGAGUGAUAUAGCUAUCUAUAAUGAACUGUUUACCUUAGAAGUUGUUCAAGGAUCAUUAUCAUCCGAUCGUUUACUACAAGCAUUUCGAUAUGUUUUGAAUAAACAUAAAAUAUUACGUACAUCUCUUAUGUUAAACAAUGAUAAUAGUAGUUUGACGCAAUGCAUUACAGAUAUACAUAAAACAUUCACAAUAACUAUGAAUCAAACAUUUGGAAAUGAAAAUGAACUUCAAGACAUUAUUUAUCGAACAACUAUUAAUCCUAAUCUCUUCGAUUUAUCUACUGGUCAUGCUUUUCAUGCUGAAAUACUAAAACAUCAAAUAUCAUUAAAUGAAAAUGAAAAUAAUAGUAAUGAAUUCAUAACUAAUUCAGAUGUUCUUCUCAUUGCUUUUCAUCAUGCAGCAUUUGAUCGAGCAAGUCGUUCAAUCUUUUUCAAUGAUCUAUGCUUAGCUUAUAAUACUAGUGCAACAUCAACAGAAGAUGAUGAUGAUGAAUCAUUGCAAUAUAUUGAUUAUAGCGUACAUGAACGUCUAAUCGAUAUGACAACAUCUCGUCAAUUUUGGUACUUACAAUUAGAAGAAUAUAAUUUGAAAGCUCGAUUAUCAUUACCAUCUGAUCGACAUCGUUUAUCUAACGAUCAUCGAUCGAGUUCUGCUUGUGUCACUCAAAUCUCCUUUGAGAACGAGAUUUCACAAUCAUUUCUUGAUUAUGCUUCUAUACAUCAUGUGACACCAUUUCAGUUAGGUCUGGGUAUAUUAUAUGCUUUUCUUUUCAAGUUAAGUCAUGGUGAAAAUGAUUUAUGUGUUUCAUGUCUUAAUGCCAAUCGAUACAGAACUGAACUGCAGAAUAUAAUGGGAAUGUUUGUUUCAACAUUACCAUAUCGUAUUCAAAUUGAUCCUCGAUGGUCAUUUGAUGAUCUUGUUAAAUAUGUGCGAGAGAAAUGUUUAUCAAUUCUUGAACAUUCUCAUUAUCCACUUCAACAUAUUCUUGCUAAUAUACAUAUUAAUCAAUCAAAUAUUUCAUUUCUCGAAACUAUGUUUGAUUUUAUAACAAUAUCGUCACAGAGCGAUGAAUUAUCUUUGGACGGAGCAAGUCUCAAACAGGUGUCAUUAGAACGAUCGUUUGAAGUAGCUAAGUUUGAGUUUAUGUUAACAUUUAUCUAUAAUCCAAUAUUGGAAAACAAGAGAUUAUCAUUUCAUUUAACUUGUUCACAUGAUUUAUUUGAUGAAAUUACAGUUACAAAUAUAGGUCGAAGAUUAGAAUAUUGUUUUCAACAACUUUUCUCACCAAAUGAAACUAUCAAUCGAAUUGAUACAUGUUUUACAUCUGUAUCAAAAAUUAACCUUAUUCUACCAGAAGAAAGUCAAGAAAUGGAAGAUAUUAUCUUUUGUCGACAGUUACAUAUAGUGAAUGAAGGUAUGUUUAUCUAG